AAAACAAUGGGAAGGUCUCCUUGCUGCGACAAGCUCGGGAUGAAGAAAGGGCCAUGGACUCCUGAAGAAGACAUCAUUCUUGUUUCUUACAUUCAGCAACAUGGCCCUGGAAAUUGGAGGGCUGUUCCUACAAACACUGGGCUGAUGAGGUGCAGCAAGAGCUGCCGUCUCCGGUGGACUAACUAUCUCCGGCCGGGGAUCAAACGUGGAAAUUUUACUGAGGAUGAAGAAAGGAUGAUCAUCCAUCUCCAAGCUCUUCUUGGCAACAGGUGGGCUGCCAUAGCUUCUUACCUUCCUCAGAGGACUGACAACGACAUCAAGAACUACUGGAACACUCACCUGAGGAAGAAGGUGCCCAACGGCGGCGACAGGGCGGUUUCCGACGGCGGCGGCGGCGGUAAAUCGGCGUCGAAGGGGCAGUGGGAGAGGAAGCUCCAGACGGACAUAAACAUGGCGAGACAGGCUUUAUGCGAGGCACUGUCACUGGACAAGUCCGGUCCUAAUUCCGGCCUGUUUUCUGUCUCCGGCGCCGGCCAUCUUUCUGCUGUGGCUGCACCGAUUCUGGCGCCGGCGCCGGCGCCGUCGACGACCUCGACGACGUCGUACGCUUCGAGCGCUGAGAACAUCGCGCGACUGCUGGAGAAUUGGGCGAAGAAAACUCCGAAUUCGCCGGUGGAGAGCAGCCAGGGAAGCUCUCUGAACAGCUGUCUGAAUUCUUCCAUUAAUUCUGAGGUGUCUUUUGGUGGUAAGGAGAGUAAUGGGAAUCUGGUGGGGUCUGGAGCUGAGAACGUCUUGGGGAAGACGACGGCUGUUGGUGGCGCUGCGGCGGCAGCGGCGGCGGCGGCGGCGGUUCUGGAUGAGACCGAAAUGCCCCUGAGCCUGCUGGAGAAAUGGCUGUUUGAGGAGGGGAAUGGGCAGGGGCAAGAUGGGGAUUUCAUGGACCUGGAAUUGGGCACUGCUGAUUUGUUCUAAAGAAAGUUUGGGGUUUCUUGAGAACAACUGGGCAGUGUUGCAAUUAGUAUUUUUAUUUUAUUUUUUAUUUGGGGUGGGGAAAUUAUAGGUAUAAUUAAAAAAAAAAUAAUGUUCCUUGUAUGGGAAAUUAGAAGAUGUAAUUAAUUUUAUUACUGGGAAUUAAUUAUGUCGGGGAUUUGGGGAAUAAUUUGGACUUGCAUUGAGUGAUUGUACCUUGUGCAUCGUUUGGUGUACCUUGGGAAUUUAGGGUUUAAUUUUUUUA